UGGUGCUGGGGGGUUGCCUAUAGCUUAGUAUUUCAUAGGGGGGUAAUUGCUACGUUUUUUCCCCAUCAGCUUUUCCUUUUUUAUUUUUUUAUUAUUAUUUUUAUUUUUUUUCUACUUAUCUGAAUAUCGCCACUCUCUCUCUUUCUCUCUCUCUCUGUCUCUCUCUCUCUCUCACUCACUCUCACACACACACACAUACACACACACACUUUAGGACCUGAUACCCCUUCGAGAUUUUUUUUUCCUCAUUCAGAUCAUGAACAAACUAUAUGUUGGGAAUUUAAGUCCUUCGGUCACUGUCGAGGACUUGCAGCAGCUCUUUGGGGAGAGGAAGCUGCCAGUGGCCGAGCAGGUCCUGCUGAAAUCCGGCUAUGCUUUUGUGGACUUCCCCGACCAGAACUCGGCCAUAAAGGCUAUAGAGACUCUUUCUGGUAAAGUUGAAUUACACGGAAAGGUGAUAGAGGUAGACUACUCUGUUCCCAAAAAACUAAGGAGUCGGAAGAUCCAGAUCCGGAACAUUCCCCCUCAUCUACAGUGGGAGGUUUUGGAUGGCCUUCUAGCUCAGUAUGGUACUGUAGAAAACGUGGAACAAGUUAACACUGAUACAGAAACAGCAGUGGUGAAUGUUACGUACGCAACCAAGGAGGAAGCUAAAGAAGCCAUUGAGAAGUUGACAGGACAACAGUUUGACGACUACUCCUUCAACGUGUCAUAUAUCAUGGACAUGGAUGCUGCUCCGCCCGUCCAGGCUCCUCGCACACGGCGUGGGGGUCGAUCGUCCCGGGACCAGGGCCCCCCUCAGCCUGGGCCCUCAGGAGGCUUCGGCACUCCACGCCCCAGGCAACAUGACUUCCCCUUGCGCAUGCUCGUGCCUACUCAGUUUGUGGGAGCCAUCAUCGGCAAGGAGGGCCUCACCAUCAAGAAUGUCACCAAACAGACGCAGUCCAAGGUGGACAUUCAUCGGAAGGAGAAUGCAGGUGCAGCAGAAAAGCCCAUCACCAUCCACUCAACUCCAGAGGGCUGCUCCUCCGCCUGCCGCAUGAUCCUGGACAUCAUGCAGAAGGAGGCCAACGAGACCAAGACGACGGAGGACAUCCCUCUGAAAAUCCUCGCUCACAACAGCCUGGUGGGCCGGCUGAUUGGGAAGGAGGGCCGCAACUUGAAGAAGAUCGAGGAGGAGACAGGGACCAAGAUUACCAUCUCCUCGUUACAAGACUUAACCAUUUACAACCCUGAGAGGACCAUCACGGUGAAGGGCAGCUUGGAGGCGUGUUGUAAAGCCGAGGCGGAGAUCAUGAAGAAACUGAGGGAAGCCUACGAGAAUGACAUUGCUGCUAUAAAUCAACAGGCCAACCUUAUCCCAGGCUUGAACCUGAAUGCUCUGGGCAUCUUCUCCUCUGGUCUGCCGGUGCUGCCCCCUGCUGCUGGACCACGUGGUGCAGUGACCCCCGUGGCACCAGCAGGAUACAACCCGUUCUUAAGUCACUCUUCACAUCUCAGUGGCCUGUACGGGGUUCCUCCAGCAAGUGCCAUCCCCCACCAGCACUCACAACAGGCUCCAGAACAGGAGGUUGUCUACCUCUUUAUUCCAACUCAGGCAGUCGGAGCUCUGAUCGGCAAGAAGGGCCAGCACAUCAAACAACUCGCCCACUUUGCUGGAGCUUCCAUCAAGAUCGCCCCAGCCGACAACCCAGAUGUUACUGAGAGGAUGGUUAUUAUUACUGGAACGCCAGAGGCUCAAUUUAAGGCCCAAGGUCGGAUAUUUGGAAAGCUGAAAGAGGAGAACUUCUUCUCAGCGAAGGAAGAAGUCAAACUGGAGACGCACAUCAAGGUUCCCUCCACUGCAGCUGGCAGGGUCAUCGGUAAAGGCGGCAAGACGGUGAACGAGUUGCAAAACCUUACAAGUGCUGAGGUCAUCGUACCGCGGGACCAAACUCCAGACGAGAACGACGAGGUCUUUGUGAAAAUCAGUGGGCAUUUCUUUGCCAGCCAGACUGCACAGAGGAAGAUCCGGGAGAUCAUUCAACAGGUCAAACAACAGGAACAGAAGCACCAGCAGGGCGCCGCCGUGUCACCGCACCACUCCAAGUGACCAGUGGGGUGGCUCCAGCAGGCGCCAGCCAAUGAAUGUAGCCCUCCCAAACGGACAGAGACCUACCCAGACAAAGGCCAAGGCCAAGGGGGACAUGCAGGGCAGACCAGCAGCACCGGGAUCAAAACCAAAGAACUUCACGAGGGGGGAAACAAGUGAGAGCCAAAGGCUGAGGGCAUUGUGUGCACUGCCAGCCCUGUGAGAGCAGAUAGAGUGGGAGAAACCGUACUGAUAUAAC